AUGGCGCCCAAGCAGAAGCGCGAAGAUACUGGCGAGCUCAUGGUCUCGAUCGAGCAGUACACAAAGACGCGCGAUUCCGUAAGUGGCCUUUUCUGUGUCUCGUCCACCCUGCUGCACGGCACUGCACUGCAACUGCGCUGCAACCCGCCUACCCACAGUCCUCGUCUCGCGCAUGGCUCGCCCGACCAGCGCGUCUUAUCGCGCCACGACGGCGGAUGCUCUGGCGCAACGACGCUGGCGCAAGCAGCAGCAUCACCGAGCCGCCCCAGCGCUACGACAGCAGCGGCCAUGAUGACAACUCACGAAACAAUACAUACUCACUCGUACCAUCAGGUCAUUGUCGCUCUCAGCAACCUCCAGGGUGGCCUCACCCACGUCCAGAAUGGCCUCAACGAUCUCCUACGCGCAUACAUGCAGCACACCUCGUCCAUCCUCGCCGGUGAAGAUGGCGACCUCGACAAGCUCCAGAUUCCCACGUCCGUCGCAGCGGCCGCUACUUCUGCCAUGGACGCUGCAGCCGUCGCGUCCAAUGGCGUAGGCCAGGCCAUCCAAACCGCCAGCCAGGUCGCUGCUGCCGCUGCCGCUGCCGCCGAGGCCAACAAGGGCAAGAAGCGCAAGCGCGAGAAGAAGAUUCGCGAUCCGAAUGCGCCCAAGAAGCCGCUGACGGCUGCUUUUCUCUAUGCCCAGCAUGCCCGCUCCAUUGUCAAGCGAGACCUCGAGUUGGCUCUCGCACCGGGCGCGACGAUUGAGAAGAACGCCGUGCAGAUUGAGGUCAACAAGCGAUGGAAUGAGCUCUCUGAAGAGGAGAAGGAGCAAUGGAAGGCAUCCUACCGCAACUCAAUGGAGCAAUGGAAAGUCGAAAUGGCCGAGUACAUUGCCAAACAAGGCGGCAACGCCGCAGCCAUCCACGACGAAGCAGAAGCCUCGGACGAAGGCGAAGCGGAAAUCGAAGCCGACGCCGGAGCCAUGGACUCGGACGAUUCGGACGAGGAAGAAGAGCCCGCUGCCAAAGCACCCUCCCCACCCGCCAAAACACCUCGCAAGCGCCAGAAGACUGCCACCGCCCCCGUCACAAACGGCACCACCACCAACGCAGCCCCCGUCUCCGUCGCGCCAGCCACAACAUCCACCCCCAUCCCCUUGCCACCUACAUCCCGCUCCGCCGUAGCCCCACCCCCCACCACCACCACCACCACCUCCUCCUCAAACGCCAUCGUCGUCGAGACCGCAGCCCCCAAAAAAGACAAGAAGAAGCGCGCAGCACCCCAACCCAUUGCCCCUGCCCCUCCCUCCCCGGCCCCCGAACCCGUCGUCGAGGAGACGGCGGCGAAGAAGAAGACCAAGUCUAGCCGUAGCACGCGUGGCACUGAAGCUGAGCUCGACAAGGAGAAUGCUGCUGCUGCUGCGGCGGCGGCGGCGGCGGCGGCGGCGGCGCCCAAGGAGAAGAAGAGGGAUCGGUCAAAGAGGAAGAGUGAGGCUGCUUCUGCUUAG